CUCUCUCUCUCUCUUACCAGAAUGUGGUGUACCAAUUGAUUAUCGGUCGGGUUAAAUCGGUUAUUGAACACUCACGUGAUUGCAAUCAGGCCGUCUUGAUUUAUCUGGUUCAUUUCAAUAACCGGUUUAACCUUUCUGUUAGACCCAGAUAUAAUAAAAAGCUCAGAGGCGCGGAGCCAAACUUUUCAAUUCCACGAAACCCCGAAGAAGAGAACCUGUGAAGUCUCCGAGAGAAGAAGUUGAAAUUCUCCAGUAAUCGUGAGAGAUUCUCAAGUAAGGAACGCGCAAAUGGUGAUUGCUGCUUCGCGAGAGGAAGAGACGAUGGAACUGGUUGGGGGAGAUAGUACUCUCGAGCGAUACGAGAUUGUCGAACUGAUCGGCGAAGGAUCUUUCAGUAAAGUUUACAAGGCUCUUGACAAAAUUACUGGUGAAUAUGUGGCUCUCAAAAAGUUGAAGCUCGAUAGAUACAGAGAAGCAGAGAUAUCAGUGCCUGAAAACGCCAAAAGAGAGAUUAAUAUUCUCAAGGAAAUGAAUCACCCCAAUAUCAUAAACCUCAAAGAGGUUGUGGUGAACUCGAAAACUUCAGAUGAGCACAAAAGAGGAGUUUACUUGGUGUUCGAGUUUAUGGAAUAUACCUUGGAUCAGCUUGCCGACCAAGGAAUUUUAACACCUUGUCUGAUAAAGGUAUAUACAUAGCUUCUCUGACUUGUAUUUACAUAACUUGGAUCUUUUG